AUGUUGGAUUUCACGGCUCGGUCCGAGGAAACCGAAUCUACCGGUCUCACGAACCCGAUCAACUCGAUAAAAUACGAAACCCACACGCCAAAGCUGGAAUCAGAUCAGCUUCCUGGGCCCCAGCCGGAACAUCUUGACUCCAUAUUCAGCCUGAACAUUCGACGCUUUGACAAUUUACAUACUGGACAUGUCAUCAACUAUGCUUUCAUCACCAACAGCAAGAUCAGGAACACUGUAAUGAACAAUGUUGUCUACAUCAACAUUACAAUGAGGGAUCCUCGAAUUAUAAAUACUAUGAUCGCCAGCUAUGUGCAUACAAGUAGAAUUUCUGCUUUCACGAUGCUUGAUAACGCUGAUAUUGACGACGGUAUUGUCUUCAACUCUAUCAUCGUCAACUCUGUUAUCGACGAUUCCGAAAUUUCCGACUCGACUCUGAGCAAUGUCAAGCUCAUGAAUCCCGUCUUUUGCUCAUUUCAAUUUCCAGAGCUACCAUUCUGA